AUGGGCUUCAUCAACCGCCUGCUGGGCCGGAAGCAGAGCCAGCUGCCGCCCUUCGACUUCGCUCGUAACCGAUUCCACGCGAAGAAGAAAUGGCCACCGAACCUCCGCGAGCUGACCGAGAAGCAACAAUUCCACUUCGAGCGCAAAUUCAAGCGCCGUACGCGGCUAAAGUCGAUCAAGCCAACGUGGAACAAGUGGACCAAAAUCGUGCAGUGGAGCAUGAUCAGCUUUGUUAUCGUGCACGGCGUCUUCUUCUACGAUUUCGCCCAGGACCCAAUGAAUCCCACACCCGGCAAGCAACCGUUCCAGGGACUGCGAGACAAAAUGUGGGCGGUACUGGGCAAUUUCUACACGCAGCAACCAUCUGCGAUUAGCGUGCCAGAUCGAGGAGCGCGAAGGGUGGAACCAAUGGGUAGCCCUCGGGCUGGCAUAGAGGAAUUCGACGAUUCGAGUCCCAAGGCAAGGUGA